AUGUAUGCUGCUUCCAAAUAGAAAUAUAUUAAAUUCUCUUCGAUGUUAGAAUAAUGGAUAAAAACUACAUAUUUGUUAAAUUACUAAUUCAAAUGCCCCAAUGAGGUGUAAUAUUUAGUUUUCAGUUUAGCAUUAAUUUAGCCUUAUUAUUUCAAAAAGUAAAUUGAAGUUGAUGAAAAUGUCAUUUAUAAGCUUUUGCAAAUAAUCAUUAGACCUGACAUCAUAAUUAUAUAAAAGGGAUAUUUUAAUGGAGAAUUUUACAUCAUUUUAUUGAUUAUUUGGCUUAUUCAGAAAGCAUUAUUCAUUCUGAUUUGUUUGCUGAACUCAUUUUAUGAAACUUAAUUUAAGAAGUACUUAUAAAAGGAUAUAAUCUAGUAUUUAAUUUAGAUAAUUACUUAUUAUUAAAGCUUCUUAGGAAUAUAUUUCAUUUUGCCAAUAACCAGGAUUUUUUUAUAUUCUUUUAACUAAUCAUUAAGAGAUUUCAAUGAGGGUGUUUCUUCAUCAAUUCUAAAAUCCUUUCUUUGCGUUUUUGGUUAAGUGUUUUAUGCAAUAGAUACCUUAUUUUUUAUGAGAAUAGAUCAUCAUCCUACUUCUUUUAAAACACUGAAAUGCAAAUAAUUUCAGGUUUCUAAUUUUGAUUAUUAUAUCCUCAAAAUUAAAUUACUCUAAGUCAUCCUUGCUGAUUAGAGUCAAUCGAUAUAUUUACAAUAAAUCUAACAAAUCAUAAUUAUACUCCUAUCCCUUUUUUAAGUUAUAAAUUAAGUAAGAAAUUGUGGUUUUAUAUAUGAAACACAAAAAAAAAUAUUUUUAGCCUCUCAAGCCUUUUUAAUUAUGAAUGGAAUGUAUACCAUCAUGAUUUAUAGUGGGGUAAAUCAAUAAGAGAUAUAAUUACUGUCUCUUGUAACAAUACCAUCAAUUAUUUAUAUCUUUAAUAAAUUUUAAGAGAAUCAGGACAUUAAGCAUUUCACUGCUAUAUUUUUACACAAAAAUAGUGACUUAGAUUAGUUUGAGAAUUUGAAUAUUAAUUAAAUUCUUUAUUAAUUAGUAAGAAUUUUAAACAAUUGUGAUUGUGUUUAAAGUAACAAGAAUUUUAAGCAAUCCUUGAUAUAUUUCCAUCAUAAAAAGAAGUGCAAGAAGGCAUCUUGUGUUUGUGAACUUGACUAUAAUAUAACAGAAAGCACUUAAAUUAAUGCUACGACAAGCCUGAUGGUAAAUAAUUUUAUGAGCAUUCAAUACAAACAACUGAUUAAGAAACUGUUUUUAACUAAGAUGAAAAACCAAGUAAAACAAGAUUUAUUGAUAUCUACGGCAAUCCUUCUUCAUGAUUUCAAUCAAAUGAUGAUUUCUUUGCAAAUUCUUAGCCAAUUGAAAAAGCUAAAAGAAAAUCAAAUUUUUAAUGUUUCAUUUCUUUACCAUUUUAUGAAGUAUAAAAUAGGGUUAAUUUAGUUAGAAAGAUUAUAAGGAGAAGGAAUAAACCAAAAUCAAAAUCAUGUUGUCAACAAUUGAAUAGGUCUAGAUAAACCUUGUGUUGUAAUAAUCUAGAAUCAAAUUUGAAGCAAAUUUAGGAACAUCCCUUAGGGCUGCCAGUCAAACUUUGAUACGAUAAUACUUAAAUGAAUUUUUAAUUAGUCAAUAAAAUUAGCAGGAAUUAAUAGUUGGAAUGAAAGAAUGUGUAAAAUUAAAAAUUUAGUUUUAUGAAAUAUUAGAUUCAGAUUCUGGAUAUACCUUCUCUCAUCUUUUUAAGAAGGUCAAAGAAACUUCAAAAUAUUUAUUAGAAAUUUAACAGCAAUUUUAAUCCCUAUUUACUUUAAAUCCAGAUUUGUCAUUAUAAAAAGCAUUCUGCUACUUCGAGGCAUAAAUUAUGAAUAAUUUACUCGCAGCAUUUAACAUAAAAUAGUCAGAAGUAAAUUUAAAGGAGAAUUAAAUAAAGUAUAGAGGAAUAAAAAAUCUAAACUUGUCUGCUGAUAUAAGUUCUUACAUUCUCUUAUCUGUGGAUGAAAAUUUUAGAACUUUUAGUUUGAUCUAAACAUCUCAUAAUUUUUUUAAAUUAUUUGGUGUAACAUUUGAUUUCUCUAACUACAACUUUAACGAUAUCAUUCCCUAAUAUUACAAUAAGUAUCAUGAGACUUCAGUCUAGAACUUUUUUCAUACUGGGCAGAACAAGUUUUAUAGAAAUUUUAAUCAUACUUUCAUUAAGAGUUAUAAUGGAUUGUUAAAAUAAGUUAGUUUGUGCAUUGAUAAUACGCAAAUUUUUAAAAUAGAUAAGUUUAUAUUUGUUAGUUUUUUAUAAAGUGUAAAUACAGAUCUUCCGAUUGUAGUUGUAGAUGCCCAGACUUAAAUUGCAUAUUUUACAAGCUAAGCUCUUUCAACUUUUGGAAUCAAUGAGUCUUAAUAAAAAUAAUUUAUUGAGGAUGGUGUAUUACAUUAAUUAGGAAUUCUUACUAUGAUUCCUUAUUUUAAUAUGUUGAAUAGGGCAGAAAUGAAUACUGAUAUAGUAACUACAUUAUGUUUCUUUCUGAAACCAUAAUAUAAUUAAGAAGCUACAUUAACCCAAUCAAGUAUUAAAAAGGAUUAAAACUAUUAUAUUUGGAGAAACAAAGAAAAUAUUAACUGUUUUAAUAUUGAAAUAAAACUAGAAAAAGUUACUGUACAACUUUCUUACUACUAUUUAUUAGAAUUUAUCUCAUUAAAAUAAAUUUUAAGUUAUGAUGAGAGAAAGAAAAUGCUUGAUAUUUAUAAGCCUUGUUUAGGAGAGAGUACGACGAGCAAGGGAUCAAAAUGGAAAGGGAAGAACUUAAAGAUUCUGAGUUUAUUGUCAUUUAGUUAGUUUGGUCAAGAAAAAAAGAAAAGCAAUCUAAAAAUAUAAAACUAGAAACUAAAAUAAAGCAUUUUACUUAAUUAGAGUUAAGAAUAAACGAAGAACUUGAAUUAAUCAUCAUUUUUACAAUAAAAUUAAAGUUAAUCAAAUUUAUUAACUAGUAGAGCUAGAAAUGCAUAAGAGUUUUAUAAAUCAUUUAAUAAAUCAUUUGUUGAAAGCGAUCUCUAAAAUAGUUAAUUAGAAAGAGAAGAGCAUUCACCAGAGAAGAAAAAGAAUAAUGAAGCAAAGAAUUCAAGAAUACAUAACCAAUAAAUAGAAAGAAUGGGACAAUAAUCAUCUAGUGUUGCAGGCUUUUAUAGGCCAUUCUUUUAUAAAAGAUAUCAAUUAUUAGAGAAAAUGACUGAAAAAAGGAAUCCAAAAAAAAUAGACUCAUUUUUAUUCUUUUUUAUAGGACAAAGUUUAAUAUUUUUUGUAUUUUCUUUUUUAGUAACGAUAAACAUGACUUCAGAUAUGAUAUUUAUAAUAGAUAACAUCGAGAUGGGAUCAUUACAUGCAAGUAUUAUGGGACCUCAUGAUUUAUUUUUUUCAAUGAAAAUUACAGUAUCUUCCUAUUAAUAGAUGCAAAGAGAAGGAUUUUUAAGUCAAAUCUAAGUAGAUUAAUUAACUGAUCCAUUUUAUGUGAAUAUAAGAAAAGGCUAUUUGGAUUUGAAAGACAGUUUCUAUAGAUAAUUAAGAAAUGUUUAUUUGUAAGAAUUUUUUAAUGACAUUGUUUUAACCCUAAGAUUUAUGAAUGAAAAUGAGACAGAAUUACAGAAUAUGCAAACAAGUUUUAGAGAAUCUCUUUUAACAAUCCUAUAGUAUUAGUAUGAUCAUAUGAGAACUAUUGAAUAAAGAUAAAGUACAUCUGGAAAGACCUGUUAAAUUUUUUAGAUGGCUAAUUUCUUUAUGUUGCAUGAGAGGAUUGAUUCACUUGCGCAAGAUAUAUAGGGAUGGUUAAUAAACACAAAGGAGGUUAUUGAUAAUAAGGGUAAAAUAUUUUGGAUUAUCCUUUAAGUAUUAUUGAUAACCUUUGGUUUUGUUGGACUAUGUAACUUUAAUUUAUACAUUAAAUAUUAUGAUCAAUUCCUACUAAUAUUUAAUGAGUUUAAUAAAUAAUUAAUUUAUGAUCAACUAAAUAGAUGCGAAACUAUAUUAUAAUAGUUGCAAUCAAAUUCGGAUGACAUAAUGAGAUAUCACUUUGAUUAAGAAUUAUAUGAGUAGGAAAAAACAUAAACUUAAUAUGGCAGGGGUAAAGUGCAUCAUUUUAAGCUAUUGAAUAGAAAUAGAUAACAAUUGUCGAGAUUUAAUGUCUAUUCAGUUAUAGUUUCUAUCACUGUGGUUUAUUUGAUAUACACAAGUGUAAUAUUCUAUAAAUCGUAAACAUUUUUAUCGAAAUAUAAUGAUACCGUCAUACUUUAUAAAAUAAUUCAAGACCUUAAAUUAAAGAGUGGAAGCAUUUAUUUAUUUAAAGAAAUCAGUCUGAGAUGGGAUAACUUCACUUUCUUAACUUAAGGUGAAAGAGACCUUUUAUAUUAGUAUAUUGAUUAGUCGCAUCACUUAAUUGCUCAAUAUAUACUCCUAUCAUCUACUUAUGAUUCAUCAGAAUAUUUGGUUGCAAACAAAUUUACGGAUAAGUUUAUUGACAUCCAACAAAAUAAUAUAUGCCUUGAAAUUAUAGAUGUAAGAGUGUAUUUUAUUUUAGUAAUUGGAAGAUUUUAUGUUAUUUUAUUGCGAUAAGUCCUUUGAAGGAACACUAUCAAAAGGGUUAAUACAAACAUUAAAUUAUAUCUCCAACUCAAUACGUAGUUAAUAGUAGAUUAAUAAUUUCACCAAAAGAGUAGAAAUUGAAUUGUACGAGUAGGAAGGAUCAUAGAUAAUCACUCAAUCUUUUUUUGGGUUAUCUGAUUUACUGUUGCAAAGUGUUAAAGACACUUGCGAUGAAUUAAACACCUUUUUAAUAGUAAGAUCAUUAAUUUAUUUAGUAUUUCUCUUUAAUUUAUUUACUCAUAUCUGCUUUUCUAAUUAUUUUCAUUAAGUAACUCUACAGAUAAUACUUAAUAAACGAAUAUCACUAAAUCAGAUAGUCUAUAUUUUUGAUACCAAAAGAGUAAAUUCUAUAUGAUGAGUCUUUGGAAAGAUAUCUCAGGGAAAUAGCACUGCAUCAAGGUUUAAUUUGACAUAAAGACUUAAGUAUAUUAAACAACGAAUCAAUUUUAAAACAUAAAAAUAUAUAUGAUAAAAAAAAAACAAAUGAAUAAAAUUUCGUCUCUCUAUGACCUCUGGGUGAUGACUGCAAUUUUUGUGAGAGGAUAAUUUGUUUGUUCAUAAGCCAUUGAAAUUUAUUUACUGCUAAUAAAUUCUCUCCAAACCUUACUGAUGGUUAUUCAUCCAACAAUAACACAAAUCAAGGAUUUCCAAGUAGACUCAUCUCUAGACCUAAUAUAUACCUUUAUCAUUAGGAUAGAGAUUUACAUUUUCACAAAUUAUCAAGUCAAAGAAGAAUUAAUAUAUUUAUUUAUUUUUGGAGUGAUAUUGAUAAGUAAAAUAGGCUUUAUGCUGCUAAUGUUUAUUUUAAAAAAUCAUUAACACUCAGAUAAAUUUGUGCAAUUAAUUUAGCAACACAUGCCUUUACAAAUUUUUAUUAGAAUUCAAAGCUACUAUCAACAAUUACUUUGUCCUAUUUUUAUUAUCCCCUUUAACACUCUCAUAUUACUAUCAAUCAAGAGAAGCGUCUCCUUAAUCUAAUCCGAUUAACCCUUAUAAUACAUUAAUUUAACACUAUAAAUUAUCACGUUCAUAUUAUUACAAUUAGAUUAAAUUAUGAUUUGCUUAAUCAACAGAUAACCCAUAACAUUUAAAAUGCGGCCAAUGGAAAGAUCCAAAGUUACAGAAUCUCAUUUAAUUAUAUACAUAUUUUCAACCAUCUCAGUCAUUCUAUUUACUCUCAUGGAAACUACUCAAUCUAUUGCAAUUCUACAGUGUAUUUUAGUGUGCUUUAUUCAAGUAGUUGCCAUCAGAAACUAAUUUGUUAAUUCCAUUUACAUUUAUAGAUAUUAAGAAAUUAUCCUAUAUUCUGGUUAUCUCUUUUAGUUGCUCUUUUGCAUCCUUAAAUUUAUUGAUAACUUUACUUACACAAUUAAUUAUACCUUUUUACUACUAAAUAUAACGCCUUUAAUUUUAGCAUAUAUCUUAUAGAAUGUCAAUUAAAUUAAAACAUAACACUUUCUAGUACUAUUUAAAUCUGAUAACAUACCCAAUAUUAAAGAAUUUACGAAUGUUUUAGUUUGCAUGCUCAAUAAAUGUGAUAUCGGUGAUCAUUAUGUGGCUAUUAGAUCCUCUUUGAUCAAUUAUUUCCAUUCUAAGUAGUGUCUACACAAAUAAUGUUCCUGCACAACUACUUUUUAUAUAGCUGAACCAAGAUAAGCGAAUGCUAUAACAGGAUAAAUAUUUAGAAGCUUCAUAUUUGAAAAAAUAUCUCUCAUUAAGAAGGUCAUCAAUAAGAAGAACUCAGAAUUCUAUUGUAAUUAAGAAUUACUCAUUCAAUAUGCUAUAUUACUUAAUGAUUUUGGUUGGACAAUGCUGGCCGCUAAGGCCUUUAACAAAAUCUUAAUUAAUGAUACUGUCAAUCCUCCCAUCAAUUCAAAUGCUAAUGAAAAAUUUGAUAAAACUAACAUCUAAAAAUACAAUAAGGAAAUAACCAUAAGAUCAACGACCUAAUUAUAUCGGAGGUUAAAAUCAUUGGAUUCUUAGAAAGAGAAGGAUAAUGCCAAUGAGAUGAAAUUGUAUUUUAAAAUUACUUUAGGAAUUAUUGAUAGAGCGAGGAUUAUUCAACUGUUUAAUUAAACAAAAUGGAAUAUGAAAGCUUCUUUUGGUUCUUCUUUAUAAGCUGCCUAAUAAACAUUUAUAUCUGACUCUAUUAAUCAAUAUUUAAAUUAUGAAUUCAUCAUAUAAACAGUCAAAUAAAUGAUCAUAAAUCUUAUAACUUCAAAAGUCUCGUUUUUUACUGAAUUAAUUAAAGAACAAAAAUAAUUUAAUUUAAGGAAAUCCCUAUAAUAAACAAAUGAUCUUUGCAGUAAUCUUAAUGAAACAGAGAAUUACAUUAAAAUUUAAUUUGAGAAAUACCCAAGUGUUAGAUUACAAAAGGCACUCACAUUUUUUUUGGCUGAAUUAUACAGUAAUUACAUAGAGGCUAAUAAAGUAUACAAUUAUUCUAUUAAUGGGGAUCUAAAAUUCAUUUAAAAUAAUCAUUCUGCUUUGAAUUUAUCUUAGCAAUAGAGUGCAUAUGUAAUCUUAUCCUUGAAUGAAGACUUAAAGUAAUUGGAAGUUUAAACUAUCUCUAAUCAAAUGCUCAAUCUAAUAGGAAAACCAAAUUAAGUAAAUACAUGUUUUAGAGAAAUAUUACCAUUAUUUUUUUAUGAGUACCAUCCGUUAAUGGUUAACAACUUUUUAUCAACAGGGAAAUCUCGAUAUUAUCGAAACUUUAGUUCUAAUUUUGUAAAUUGCCAUGAUUGUUUAGUCAAAGGUAUAUAAUUAUGCUAUGAUACAACAUCUGUUUUUCAUCAUUCUCAAUUGGUUUUUGUUGCAUUUAUUUAAGAAUUGGUUUAUGAAAAAUGCUACAUCAUUGUGGAUGGUUUUGAUAAAAGUUUUGUAAGUUUAUCCUUCAAUUUUCUAUAGAAAAUAGGUUAUGAUGAUAAUUUGAUUACAAAAAUGGUGAAGCAUAAAUAUUUAAAUGAAUUAUCAAUAUAUAAUAUUUUCCCUUUAUUUGACGAAGCCUUGUAAAAGAAGCAGGAAGAUAAUAGAUUUUUAGUUGAAAAGCUAUUUUUCUUUGAUUAUUUGAAAGUGAGGAAAUCUACAAUGGUAGAGGAUAAGGAGAAAAGAAUGUCGAAUUUAAAUCCUAUUAUCUGGAAAUAAAAGGAGAAAGUGUUAUCCUUUAUAGCUAAACUCAAUAUAUUUGAAAGGAACCAUUAAGAUUUUUCUUAUUAUGUAAUAGAAAUUUAGGAUUUAUAGUAAUUAAGUGGAUAAAAUAACACUUUUGAAGAUGAAUUUUAUGAGUAAGAAUCCGAUGUAUCCGAAACAUCCAAUAUAAGCAAUAGUUAAAACUGCGUUAUCAGUUAGGGUAAUGACGAUCACCCAAACUAGAUCUAUAUACAAGAUUUAAAUAAUUAGGCAUCUCUUUUUUCACCAUUAACUACUUUGUUUAAUAAUAAUGUUGAUUAGAGUACCCGUUAACUGCAAACACAAAUGAGAGAGACUCCUCAAAAUCAGGCUAUUGAUAAUUUAUUAAACUAAUACGAGAUCAAUGAGUAGCCUUUAAAAAUAAAAAAGAAGCAAUAAUAGUAAACUUUUUAUAAUUGCAAAUUCUCUCAUCUAUUACCUUAUUAGGAUAAAUCAUCAAUAAAAUCACAGGAACAAAAUGAUGAUAGAUUAUAAUAAGAGGAGGAAUAAGAUUUACAUGUACAUUAAUAGCCUUAAUCUUAAUCAUCAGUUGCAAGUAUAAAUUAAUCACUGUUUUAUAAAAAGUAUGAGUUAAUUGAGAAAGUUACUUCUUAAAAACCUCCCUUAAAAAUCAAUUAGUUUAUAGGUUUUUUAUUAAUUCAAAACUUGAUCUAAAUGAUUUAUUUUAUCAUCAUUUUAUCAUAGAUACCGACUGAUUUGGAUAACAGUAUUGUUGAAAUAAACAUGAUAGGACUUCACUCGGAUGUAAUGGCUCCCCAUGAUCUUUAUUUUUCAAUGAGAAUUACAUUAUCUUCCUAUUAGUAAGCCUUAAGCGAAGGAUUUAUAAAUUAGACUCUUUAUAAACAAUUAACAGAUCCAUACUAUGAUAACAUUUAUCAAGGAUAUCUAGAAUUUAAAGACAGUCUAUAUACGUAAUUAAAUAAUCCAUAUUUGUAAUUGUUUUAUAAUGAUUAUGAUAUGAAUAUCAGAUUCAUGAAGGAGAAUGAAACGUCUGUGAUUUCGAAACAAAUGACUUUUAGGGAAGUGCUAUUAGUUGUAUUACAAUAUUAAUUCGCAUAUGCUAAAAAGUAUUCAAGGAGAGAAAGCCCAAGUGGGUCUCCUUUUUAAGUAUUUCUUUACGCUAACUACUUUGAUUUGCAUGAUUUAUUAACAUAAAUCAGUGAUGAGAUUUUUGUCUACUCAAAAGAAAGAUCAAACAGUGUUAAUCAGAAAUGGAUGAUAUUCUGGCUUAUUUCAAUUUUAAUAGUAAUUUUAGCAAAUUUGAUAUCAUUUUUUUAUUACAAUCAAUAUUUAGUCCAGUAUGAUAAAUUUUUAUAUCUGAUGGAUUAUUUGUCUUUAGAUCGCUUGGAAAAUGAAAUUGCAAAAUUAAAAUUAAUGCUAUCCCAAAUUCUUCAUGAUGAAAAAAUGAUAUUUGAUUAUUAAUUUAAUUUUGAAUAUUGUUAGAACAAGGUUCAAAAUGGAAUGGGAAAUAAUUCUACACAUAAAAAGAGUAAUAAGUUAAAAAGAGUAUUUAAAGUAAGUAGAUUGAAGCCUGCUUUAAUUUUAUUAUUUUUUUGUACUAUCUUUGUUUCGUAUUCAACACUAGUGGAUUAAUCAAAUUAAAGCUUCUUUAAAAAGUAUCUAUCAACAAUAGAUUUUUUUAAAUUAAUCUCUGAUUUGAAACUUAGAUCAGGAAGUGUUCUCAUGCAAAAAGAGAUUUUUUAUCGAUGGGACAAUUUUACAUAUCUUACAGACAGUGAUAAACAAAAAUUGUAUAUUCUUAUAGAAGAAGCACUUUCAAUCAUGAACUAAUAUGUAUUGGAAGUCAAUUCUUUCGAUUUUGAUCAAUUAAUUGUUACUCAGACAUUCAUUGAUUAUUAUGAUAAUGUAUUGACUGAAAAUCUAUGUGAAAUUCUAGCAGAUGUAUUUGUAUUUAAUUUUGUAGAACUAUAAAGCUUUUAUGUACAAUUAAUGUAAUCUAGCCUUUGAGGGAACAUUAAAGUAAGGGACCAUUUAGACUUUAAAUUAUAUUACCAACUAAGUAAAAGCAGAAUAGGCCAUAAAUAAUUUCACUCAUAGGCUAGCAUUUAAUCUCUAUGAACAAGAAGGUUCCUAAGUUAUAACUAGAAUAUUUAUACAAUUGAAUGAUUAAUUGUCCUACGGAAUUAAAGAAAUAACUAAUGUGUAGCUAGAAUUUAGUAAGGUAGAUUUUUCAUAUUGACUUAGUCUCUUUCAAUAGUGUAUUUUGUGAUAGCAUUAGCUGGAUUGUUACUAAUUGCAAAAUUGCUAAGAUAGUAUUUGAUAUUUGAAUAUUAUUUAAUAAAGAAAAUAGUUAACAUAAUCCCCUUACAGAUAUUGAUUGAAGAUGAAUCUUAUGAAAGAUAACUUAGAUUAUUGUUACAAUAAUAAGAAAUAGUUUGA